CUUUUGUAUUUGACUUAUUGCACUAUCACCUUUUUUCUGUUUCCCCAUACAGAACCCUCAAGUUGUUUCCAUCCGACUUCUACAGAGAACAUUCUCCCCAUAAGACUGUUGGCUACCCCCCUGGCAAGACUUGCUCUAAGACUCUUUUUGGUAUUAUUUAUAUUUUGAAUUUGACAUCAAUAUAGGACUCUUUUUUUUAGAUAUACUUCUAAAUACCUAGUUUUGUCUUUGGCGCAACCUUUCUCCUUUUACCUUCUAUAUUAUUCCUACUAGUUGGCGCUUAGAGGGAACCCUAUCUUAGGUUUGCUGCCCCUUUUUUUAGUAUUGGUUUCUCUAGCUCUGUUUCCUUUGUUUUGUAUUUUACACUGUAUUUUACACUGUAUGCUAUCAUUUAUGGCACAAGGCAAAAGCCUUAAUAAUGGCAUGUUCUCUCGUGAUAUACCAGAAGGUAGUGCUACAUCCUCCAAAGACCUCAAUUUUGUAUUUUACAAAAAUUAUUAUAAAGAAGUGGGCCCUAACAUUUCUGAGAUUUUAUAAGGGAAGCAUGUGUUUCUUUAAAUAAUCGGAAAUACGAUGAUUUCUUAUUUGACUUGAACCUUUUUCUGUAACCUUCAUUGCCCUGUAACCUUCACUGCAUUGGAUAUUUGUAGCUGUUAGAUUUAAAAUAAAGUACAGAAUGAAACAUUACAGCAGAGUUGUCAAACACUCAUAAUCCUUCAUUAUGAUAUGAAAGUAAGUCAAGAUUUAAAAAUGAUAUGUGUGGCAGGUUUACAUGUUUAUAGAUAUUAAUUGUUACUAGCUUUGAAAAAGGGAACUUGAUCCUGUUUUAUGAUUUUAGGCCUCUGUCUAAUUUUAGAUGCACAUUGCCUAAGAGGACAUGGGUUUGGUGCCUAGAUGUUUUGUUAUUUUAUUGUAACUUUUUAUUGAGCAGCAGAAGAGAUAUAUUUUCUAAUUAUUUUAAAUAGAUCAACCAUUUGCAAUAAUAAUGAAAUGGAAAAUAAAAGGGGAGAAACAGACAAUGAAAAGAGAGUAGAAGAAUUGAAGGUUAUGCUAGCGUAGUGUACUAAUAAUCUUAAUUUUAAUAAUGACAGAAGGCUUCAUAUUUUGCAUUAACUUUCUUUACUAACUCCAUAGCAGCAAAGAAAAAACAGAAGAAAUAAAGAACCAAUCAUAACACAGUCAGAGUGAAUAUGAUGAUGUUGGGCACAAGGUCUCAGUCGCCUUCACAUAAGCCCGCAAUGCCGUAACCACGCAUAGUUGAAGGUCCAAGGCAAAGAACAGAUAGAAGACCAACGACUAAUCCGAUUUGGUUCGUUGUGAAAUACGAAAUGUGACUCCCUCCGGAGCGACCGGAAAAGUGUCCACAUCGAAAGCGUGCACAUCCGAGACUCAUCAGAAUGAGACACAGUAGCAAUGUAAAUUUGGCUGUCAAUUGUUGUAAGGAUAGUAGUUCGUUAGAUGGCCACACUCUCAAGAACCAAAGCACUACGUGCCCUCUCUCUGAAGGAAUCAUCAGACUCAUCUGAGUCUUCCCUACCUUGGGAGCGUUUAGGAGCCGGCUUGGUAGGAUCAGAGGCUGCUGGGAACACUUUGGCCAUAGAUGUUGAUAUUUGGGAGCUGGAGGACGUCUGAGUUUGAUGCCUCAUAGUAGUCGACAGAUCAGGGGGUCUUGACCAACCGCCCUCCCUUGAAUCAGUACUGUCACGAGCGUGGGCUAUAGUCCCAGCCGAGACAGUGGGGAGAGUGUGGAAGUGACAGUGUUAAUGACACCAGACCCCCUGGUUACCAGUUGCUAGUCCCAGCAACCACUUAAUUAACCCCUGCAAUCCCUUCUACACUAACCCCCUAGUACACACUUUACUGCCACCACCAAGACUUUAAACCCGGGCGUCUUAGAUUACCCCACACACAGGAGAAUUCUAGAAUCACAGUUCUUCUUUUACUGAUCAAACACAUAUAAUGAACCCUUUUUGGUAAUGUGUUUACCUGAGCUUUCCUCUGGAGAGUGAAGCUCAUAGAGAACAGAGACACAAGCUGAUUAAGUAAACAUGUAAUCUGACAAAAAAGAUUCACAGUGCUGAGUACAAAAUACAGAAAUAAAUGACAUACAGAUAAUAAAUUGCAAAACAGUACAUAAAAUAAAAACACAAGAAAUUCCUUACAUGUAUUUACCCCAUAUAGAAGUCUUGUGGGAGUCUUAGAUGGUAUUGGUCUCCUAGAAGUUGCUGACCAAAGAAAAAAUACCUAAACUAGUUGUUUCUCAGUGGGCAGACCCCAGUUCAGAGGGGGUUGGUCUGGCAGUUUAAUGCCCACUCUAUGCAAUUCCUUGUGCCAGCUCUGGUGAUGGCUAUCUAGAUGUUUUAUGGUCCAGGCCUGGUGCAAGAUCAAAGACCACAAUAAAUAUCAUCCCAAGGUUUACAAAAAACAACAACUCUUAACAUAUAUCAACACACAUCAAACACCAACUCAUGCUUUUGGCAUGACAGGUACAUAGGUACAUGGGUACCUGAUGACAUUGAUGGUGCGGUAUGACUUGCCUUCCUCAAAGAGUGAAGAAAGGAAAUUCAUGAUCGUGGAAAUAGGUGCUGUAAAGGGAUCAAGGUCCCGUCCCACUGUCCAGGAUCGCCAGGCAGAUAGGUAACUUUUCCGUGUUCCUGAGGCCCAGGAAUCCCACAGCAGAUCUCUAGUUGCUGAUGAUAAGUCAUUGGUACACCAUCCGGCCAAUAAUUCCAGGCAGUUGAUGAGCAUCGUGGGUUCCUGGGUUGUCCAUGCUCCUCCCGUGGAUGCGCCCCCAUCAGUAGCACCUCAUCUCCACCGGUUGGUGUUGAACUCCAGUAUGAAGUCCGAUUGGCUGCCAAAGAUGGCUCGACCAUUCCAUGCUUGCAAUUGAGCCACCAUUCAAAUUCAUGAAGAACCUCGUCUGUCAGCGGAACUGGCUGGUUGUAUGUGAGGUUUCGUCUGAGGAAGCGGGUCUUCAGCCAUUGCAUGGCACGGCAGUGCAGAGGGCCUGGAAAUAUGGCUUGGAUUGAGGAGGUAUAGCAGGCCAACGAUCCAGGCGAGUUGCCUGUGCUGGAUGGAGUAGAGCUUGAGGACCCUGCGGAUCUCCUUCUGAAUGGCCGUCAAUUUAGAAGAUGGAAGGUGGAGCAUGCUGGAUCGGCAGUCUAUCUCAAAGCCCAGAAAUUGAAUUGUCUGGGCGGAAGUCAGUGCAGACUUGGCCCUGUUGACAAUGAAUCCCAGAGAUCCCAACAAGUGUACUGUAUAUCUGGUAUGUUUCGAUAAUAGGUUAAUCGUCCUGCAGAACAGGAGGAUGUCGUCCAAGUAUAUAAUGCAUGGGAUCCCUCGUGCUCUGUGGUGGGCCACCACUAGCUUCAGCAUCUUUGUGAAACACCACGGUGCAGAACUGAGCCCGAAAAGGAGGCAAGUGAACUGCCACGGGAUGCCGUGCCAUAGGAAGAGUGACUUUCUUCGUGAAUUUCUAAUCGACAGGGCAAGGGAGGUGGUUCUACAUAAGGGACAUCUGAAGUUCGAUGUGAUAACCUUUGACGGCCUAUAACACCCAUGCAUCCUUGGACAGUUUUUCCCAUUUCUGGAAAAAAAGAGAAACACGGCUGGCAGUAACGGUUAAAGUAGGCACAUGUAACUGAUUGGUCUCUUACCUGACGUGCUUGUUAAAGCCUCUCCAAAAAGUUAUCCCUGUGCCUGUGGACCUAGUUCUUUUGCCCCAAGAUCCGCCAGUUUGGGAUCAAUGCGGAAGAGUGCUGCAUGGUGCCGCUCAGUCGAGAGGGCCACAUUGGUAUUGCCCAUAAAACAAAACCCUCUUUGGGUUCAUUCUCUAAUGUCGUGCGCCCAUUCACGCACCAUAUCCGCACUGAAAGAGUCUGCCUGGGCGUAUGCGUCAUCCGCUAGGAACAUUACAUGGGCCAGUAACCCCAUGGCGUCCAGGACCUUAUCUUGUGCUCCCCUGAAGCUCCUUUCGACCCCUUUGCGAGGGUCUCAACCUCCACGUGCCAUAAAUGCCAGCAUGAGCUGGUCGAACUCAGGCAUAAAAGCCACUUUAUGGGUAACGAUGGCCUGGGGCAUGGAGAGGGAGUAAGGCAUAUCUUUUUCCUCGUCCGAGGAAUCAUCCUGGAUAGGCACAGAUAGGCACUUUUUGCCUUUGCUACGUCCUUGCCUGGAGCCCUCGCCCUUCCAAUGGCGUUUCACUGGGCGUGCCCUCUCUCUGAAGGAAUCAUCAGACUCAUCUGAGUCUUCCCUACCUUGGGAGCGUUUAGGAGCCGGCUUGGUAGGAUCAGCGGCUGCUGGGAACACUUUGGCCAUAGCCUUCUCCACAGAUGGGGCCACCGCCACGCUAAUCAUAGCAUGGGAUUCUGGGUAUCUUCCAUGUUAGGGCUAUAUGUCUAUACAUAUACUGUUACUUUAAUAACCAGGCACAGGUAGUAGAGGUAUAGGGACAGGUGGGGGGGUGCGUGAAACAGGCCGUGGGCCGUAACGGCAUGCGGCAUUUAAGCAGACUCUUAUGAUCACUGGGGCACAGAUUCCGUUCAGCAGCACUCUGGGUAGUACCCAAAUGAGAUGAGACUCUAUGUUGAGGGUAAGCAGGAACUAAUUUAAUGGCAACCACAACUGGCCUUAUAUGCAAGUCCCCAUGCAAGGGGUACUCCCACCUGGAUCUGAUGGAAGACUACAGUACAAAGUUACAGACCAAUGACAAAGUUGUUCAAGUACAUGAAACUCCCUUACAUAACCAUACAAUCCCUCCCCUCUGCCUAGGAGAUAAUUGAGUCAAGUACUGUAUUAACUCAAUUAUCUCCAGACACAAAAACACACAUUUUUAUAAAAACCCCAAAAUACCUUCAAAACAUACAAAACCCCCACAAAAAUCCCCCGGUAGCCUCGAUGUGGGUGAACAACAUAUCUAAGAAUCACCUAGAUUGGUUCCUAUGCCCAAAAUAGUUCCAUAGAAUUAGGGCUAGCGGUCGGUCUAGUUCGGUAGUUUAAAAACAAACAAACUACCGAACAUAGUCAAUAUUCAUACCGUGGAGCUUGUUCACCUCAUUCAGACGAACAAUUCCACCGAACAGCACUCUUCAAAAGGUGUAAAGUACCGAACGCAGGCUAUGAUGGAAGUCCAGCGGUGUUCGGGAGUUUGUGUCCAAAAACAGUUCAAUGAACUUGACGACCAAAUAUCGCUGCCUGCGUUCGCGGGAAGAAGAUGGCUGCUACCUCGUGUUUGACCAUGCGAACUGCGGCCACCCACACAAACAAUUAGAAUGCUGCGGUUAGAAGCUGCCGGGUGGUCCCUGGUUCUUGGGACAAACAAAGUCUUUUAUGAGCCUUUUUGCAUGGCCCAUAGUCCUGAGGCAGGAGGCUGGCAAACAGGCCCCUCCAAGAACCACUGGCGAGAUUACUUUUGCCACAGGCGUGAACGGGAAAAACCCGCGAACAGCCGGUUUGUGCUUAAAUGCACGAAUCAACAGAGUUCCCUGCCUGAACGCCCUGAAGUCAAUUCAACGGCGCAGGAAAAAAAAGGAAAGUGUCGAAUGUAGCCACAGGGGAGGGUGGGGAAUAGGCCUGGGGAGAGAGGAGACAGAACCCCAAUCAGAGAAAAAAAACAGCCCCACUAGAGAGGUGGAGAUAAAGGAUAGCUACCAGCCACCACUACAGGAAAGGAAAAUAGUAAUCACAUACAAUAAGUACAGUUUUAAAAUCGAGUCAUAAAACAAGUACUUUGACCUGACUUGUGAUGGAGCAGCAAAGAAAAAGGGAAGUGCUCUGGAUACGCUUUCACUUAUAUACACUCUGACUGUGUUCUAAUUGGUUGUUUAUUUCAUCUGUUUUUUCUAGAAUGUGUUUUGUUUUGUUUUUUGUUAGAGGGACACUAUAGUCACCAGAACAACUACAGCUUAAUGUAGUUGUUCUAGUAAAUAUAAUCAUUCCCUUCAAGGUUUUUGCAUUAAACACUGUUUUUUCAGAGAAAAGGCUGUGUUUACAUUACAGUCUAGCCUCCACUGGUGACUUCUCAGAUGGCUGCUAGAGGUGCUUCCUGGGACAGUGUUGCACAGUGUGACUGACAUUCAGAGUCUCCACCCUCUGCAUGGAAAUACUGAACUUUUCUCAUAGAGAUGUAUUGAUUCAAUGUAUCUCUAUGAGGAGAUGCUGAUUGGCCAGAGCUGUGUUUUUUUUUGUGCUGGCUCUGCCCCUGAUCUGCCUCCUUGACAAUCUCAGCCAAUCCAAUGCUUUUCUAUGGGAUAGUAUUGUGAUUGACUAAGAUCACCAUUUCUGAUGAUGUCAGCCCAGAAGGCAGAUAAGGCGCAGAGCCAGCAGCAACAGAAUGUAAUAAAGGUAAGAUUUUACUAUACUUAGUGUUUUUAACACUAUAGGGUCAUGUAAUAAUGUUUAAUUUUAUUCAUUAUGUACUUUGUUGGCAGUGAAAUAGUUGUAGAGCUCGCAUAUUGCACCUUCCUUCCCUGUCUUGUGUUAAGUAAGUUGUUGGUUUUUGUUUUGUGAAGAGUAGAAAUUCUCCCUUGGUGAGUGAGCCUUAAACUCUGCAUGUUUGCAAUGGCAAGUGGCAAUUUACUCUUAAGGCUGUGUAGUAGUAUUUUAAAAGGGAUACUGUAGUCACUAAAACAACUCUAGCUUAAUGAAGCCGUUUUGGUGUAUAGAUUAUGCCCCUGCAGUCUUACUGCUCAGUUCUCUGCCAUUUAGGGGUUAAAUUACUUUGUUUACGUAGCCCUUUCACACAUCUCUGCAUGUAACUUACACAGCCUUCCUAAACACUUUCUGUUAAGUGAGCUCUAAUGUUUACUGUUAUGUUAUUACACAGUGUGGCUCCUGAGCCUAUUAACCUAUUCCCAGUGUUGGAGAGUCCAGGCCCCUGUAACCCUUAGCAUCAUCGCUGGAGCUACUCCAUUCAGCCCAAUCAUUCAUGCAGCCAAGUAGUAGCUUCUUCCCUACUCCCAGCAGGAUCUUGCGUCCACUACCAGUGGGACCAGCAGGUAGGCUAUGUUGGGGGUGCUCUACUUGUUUGUCCGGUUCCGGACUGGGCCUCUACACGUGCGAGGGCCAGAGCUAUGAGACUGAGACAUCCGCCGCGCCUGCCAUCUCUUCCUUGGCACCUGUCUUUGUACUUGUCGGGGAUACACUCAAGUGAAGUCGCCAUGUAGGAUGGACCCGACGGGCCACGACUCGGCCUACAGGAGUUGAGGGAUGUCCCCGGGCAAACAAAUGCAGUUGAAGUGCCAGAGAAGCAAGCUGUGAUGCUUUCCAUUCUUGGCCUUUGAAGCCUGCUUGCGUAAGCUGUAGCUCCAUUGUGGCGGCCAUCUUGGUCGCGCCACCUCCAAGCAACAGUCGAGAAAGUACUGCUUCAGAAUCUGUGGGUGCACCUGUGGGGAACGGAAUAUCUCCUGCUGGUCCAGGGGAACGGGGCAGAACAUUAUGUCUAUAGCUCCUGGUCAAGAGAUUGACCAUUUCUCCCUUCCAUGGACUCCGCCAGGCAUGCAGGCUGCAAGUCAGUUCCAGGCCGCAGGUUUUAAAGUGGGGUUCCAAACUUGUUCAGGAGAGCCCCCCAGCUUACUGGACCAGGUACGCAGUAAUUUGAGUAGCUUUUAAGGGCAUAACCCUACCAAAAGAUCGUGGUAUACAAGUGUUGUGUGAGCCCACACUAUGUGCAUCUGGUCGCCAUGAUGGCCAGAUCCCGCCCCCCAUUAAUGACUCUUUUUAUGUAUGACAAUACCUUACUAGCAUUAGCAACUGCUGAUUAAUAUUGUACAUUGUUACCUAGUUUGUUUUCAAUAAUAAUUCAUCUCAUAUGUUGUUAUCCCUAAUUCACUACCGCAUAGGACAGCGGUAGGCAACCUAUGGCACGGUGGAACUUCAGAUAUCUGCUAAUGCGAAAAGGUGGUGAGGGACAAUCCUCAAUUUAUGCAUUGCAGCACGUAAAGGAAGUGAUCUCAGAUCACUUCACCCCGGCACUUGUGAAUGGGAAUCUGCACUGGGGUAGAACAACCUGCAGCAGCUAUCACAGUUCCAGCCCCUGACCUGUACCUGACCAGCACGGUCCCCACUGGACCCCAGGGAAUCCAUCCACACUGCUAGAUAUACAAAUAAUACAAACAGCUCACACACAAACACACACACAGUCCGCACAAACACAUCACCAAUAACAAUCCACAUAGACGCACAACCCCACAAGCAGUCUCUCACAUGCAAUACCCCAAGCAGCUCCCAUACAAAUGAAUACACAUGCAGAAUACGGCAACAUACACAUCUCAAUUUAAAAAAACAGUACUGCCAUGCUACGGGAUAUCACAAUCUUUUUUUCGCUGAGAAAAAAAAAAAUCCCAAUGCUAAAAAAUAACACAUUUUCAACCAGCGAGGGCUACAUGCAGACUGAGAUCCGCAGGGCGGGAAAAGGCUUAUAAAACAAUCCCACGCCCCGCAAAUUUGAGUCAGAGCGCUCUGAUUGGUUGAUUUAAGCCAACCCAUAAGAUUUACCUGUCAGAACACUGACCACAGGAAAUGGAGCUGACUUAAGGUCCUCAUUUGGUAAAAGAAGGUCAAGCGCAGGAAAAAUAGUCCCUACAUUGUCUUGUAUUUUAAAGAAGAGGAAGAGAAGAGGAAUCAAUAGUAGAAAGUUAAGUUUGGUAUGACAGUGCCACGUUAACAUUAACCCCUUAAGGACCCAUGACAUGUGUUACAUGUCAUGAUUCCCUUUUAUUCCAGAAGUUUGGUCCUUAAGGGGUUAAAGGGACACUAUAGUCACCUGAACAACUUUAGCUUAAUGCAGCAGUUUUGGUGUAUAGAACAUGCCCCUGCAGCCUCACUGCUCAAUCCUCUGUCAUUUAGGAGUUAAAUCCCUUUGUUUAUGAACCCUAGUCACACCUCCCUGCAUGUGACUUGCACAGCCUUCCAUAAACACUUCCUGUAAAGAGAGCCCUAUUUAGGCUUUCUUUAUUGCAAGUUCUGUUUAAUUAAGAUUUUCUUAUCCCCUGCUAUGUUAAUAGCUUGCUAGACCCUGCAAGAGCCUCCUGUAUGUGAAUAAAGUUCAAUUUAGAGAUUGAGAUACAAUUAUGUAAGGUAAAUUACAUCUGCUUGAAAGUGAAACCAGUUUUUUUUUUCAUGCAGGCUCUGUCAAUCAUAGCCAGGGGAAGUGUGGCUAGGGCUGCAUAAACAGAAACAAAGCGAUUUAACUCCUAAAUGACAGUGAAUUGAGCAGUGAAAUUGCAGGGGAAUGAUCUAUACACUAAAACUGCUUUAUUUAGCUAAAGUAAUUUAGGUCACUAUAUUGUUCCUUUAAUUAAUCACCUUAUGUAAUCUAACUCUGACAUUAACUGCUCUCUAACCUUAAAACCCCCUUUUUCCUAAUCUUUUGAAUUUUUUUAACCCUGCAUUACACAACUGCAUACACUCCCUAUACUCACAGAUUUAAAUACAAUUCAUUACAAGUAGAAAUAUGUGCAUAUGCUGUUAACAAACUUGAAUACAUGUUUUUUAUGCAAGCAAUGGGCAGUUAAUAUGAAACUCAUUCACGGGGAUACCUGAGAAUUUUGUGCCUAAAGGCACCGGAUAUGUAAAUCCCGCCCUGAACAAAGGUAAAUAAAAAAAAAAAAAUGUACCUCCACUACACUUCUGCAUUAUGAAAUGCCUUAAGCAUCUAAGGGAAAAAUUCUAUUAUGCACACUUGAGAGUUAAAUAAUUUACAUAAUUUGCCUGGCCUUGCACAGAAGACAAACAACAAGCUAACAAAAAACAAAUAGCACAAGCAAUACCUAACUUUUAGUUAUGUGUUUGGAUGUACUAAAAACAUCCAAGUCACAGUUCGUCUUUAAAGGGACACUAUAGUCACCAGGACAACUACAGCUUCAUAUAAUUGUUCUGAUGAGUAUAGUCAGUCCCUGCAGCCCUUUUUCUGUAAAUACUGCCUUUCCGUAGAAAAGGCAGUGUUUACAUUGCUCCCUGUGGCCACUGAAAUUCCUUCCUGGGGCAGUGCUGCACACAUAUAGAUAAAUUUAUUCAAUGCAUCUCUAUGAAGAGAUGCUGAUUGGCAAAACCGGCAUUUGUCCCUGUCCAUUCCUCGCCUCCUUGACGAUCUCAGCCAAUCGCAUUGGAUUGUCUGGGAUCAUCAAUUCUGAUGAUGUCAGUAAAGAAGGCGGAUUGGGGCUGGGCUGGCAGCCAUGCCCGGUGCUGGAAAUAAGGUACGCUUUCUUACCUUUUAAGGGGGGCAAGACACCUAAAUAGUGGUUUUAACACAAUAGGGUCAGGAAUACAUGUUUGCCAUAGAGCACUUCAAUUUGCUAUGUGUAUAGUGUCCUCUCCACCCCUGUCUGUCAAUCAGAAAACCAGUCUUGUUCUUCCUGGUUGCUAAGUGAUAAAGGGAAAGACAAGGGACAACCAGAACCCAGUGGUGCAAAAUCAAUACACUUUAUCUUUAAAAUACACACUAAAAGCAGUUUACUUAAAAUAAUGGUAAUGACCGAUGAAGCCAUAUGAAGGCGGGCAAAACCCAUUCCUGAAAAUGUCAUUGGGAGGUGGAACACAGAACCCGACAUGAUUGGAGUACAGUAGAACCCGAAAGGAAAUGCUUAUGGUUAGCAUGUAUAUAUCUGCUUGUGCGAGAAUGUGGGUUCCCAAUCGAGAAGCUCACCAUUUUAAAGCGGCAUUGUAAUGCCGAACUUACCUUUCCCUAAUCGCUUCCUCUUCUCUUCCUCGCUCAGGAUCUGUUCUUCAUUUCUUCCUGUCUGCUCUAGUUUUCUUUAAAACAUAAGACAAAGUGGGGACUACUUUGUCUUAUGUAUAUUUCCUAUGCCUGACCAUCUAUGACCAGCGGAGGACCAAAGUGUGCUCCAUUUCCUGUGAUGAAAACAAUUUCCCACCAUUCUUACCUUUCCUCCGUGAUCUCGUGGUGGGGCCCGAGAGGGAGGUCAAUAGGUUCCCCCCCAUUGUCAUUUUGGGCCCCCAUCUGCUGCUCAUGGGGUGGGGGCCAGGGGGGAGGACAAUAGGUCUUCACCCACCCGCCUCUCAUGGGUGGGGGCCGAGGGGAGGACAAUAGGUCUUCCUUGCCCCCUUAUUGUAAUUUAGGGCCCCCGCCUGCUGCUUACGGCAAAUUUAUGAUAACAAUGUUACAAUGUCACUAUUGAUAAAUUUUAAAAAUAUAUAUUUUGAAACAGCAAUGUCCUACUUGUACUUAAAGCCCUAUAACUUGCAAAAAAAAAAAAAGAACAUGUUAACAUUUGGUGUUUCUAAACUCAUGACAAAAUUUAGAAACUUUAGCACAGGUGUUUUUUAGCGGUUUAUUGAUGCGUAACAGAUUUUGGGGGUCAAAGUUAGAAAAGGUGUGUUUUUAAAAUUAAUUUUUAUAUUAAAUUAUAUGAUAUGAUGAAAAUAUUGGUAUCUUUAGAAAGACCAUGUAAUGGCGAGAAAAACGGUAUAUAAUAUGUGUGGGUAUGGUAAAUCAGUUAGAGUAAAAUUACAGCUAAACACAAACACUGCAGAAAUGUAAAAACAGCCCUGGUCCUUAACGGUAAGAAAAUUGAAAAAAGGUCUUGUCACUAAGGGGUUAGAUAAGGUGCUUUUAGUGUUUAUUUUAAGAAUAAAGUGUAUUGAUUCUGCACCAUUGGGUUCCUGUUGUCCCUUGUCUCUCAAUGUAUCAUGAAGACCAUGGGAGCUGUGGGAUACAUACCUCUCAUAUAGAGCUAUUAUACCAAGAGCCAGGGCAGAUUAGGCUCCGAGUUUAUUGUGAGAAGAUGGGUAAGUUUGAUUAAUCAGUCAUUUAUCCAUUUAAUUGAACUACUCUUUAGGGAAAUGAGGUGCACUUUUAAUACCUACUCAUGUUUCAGCACGGUAUUUCCAGGGUUGGGUGCUGGGAAUGACGUAGUUUUAGAAUAAACACAAUUCUUAGAUUUCAUUUGAUAUUAAAUCUGGAAUGUGUUUGUGUUUUACCUUGGGCAAAUUGUGUUAUCUCUGUGCCAUUGUUUGUUCACCUGUUACAGAAGACAAAUCACAGCAUAGGACAUUUUUGGAGUGAAAAGGGUCACCUGGCUAUCCUUACUAAUAUAGGUUUUUAUGCUGUAUACAGGAUUGUAUUAUUUUUCUAUGCAGUUGGCACUAGAGUCCUCUAGUGGCGAGGAUUAGGAUGUCUGCUUUACAAAUAUAGCAGGUAGAUGCACUGUAUUGAUAUGCUCUGAAAACCCAACAAAGAAUAUUAGGGAGGAUGUUAAACAAAGUAGGUUAGCCAAAUUGCAGAAGCCAUUUAUAGUAAUACAUGUGUACUUUUUAUGGUUCUAGACCAGUGGUUCCCAACGGUUUUUCACUUGAGUAUCCUUGGCAGCUAAUUUCCAUAAAUUGUACCGCUCAUAUUAGCGAAAUGUUUGUUAUUAAUAUAGUUGCUGUUAUUUCAAAUGUAUAUGCUUUUCUCUGCCCCACACUCCUCUGUUUUUCUGCUCCAGGCUCCCUCUGCCCCAAGCUCUACCUGCUCCUCCUCAGCCCCAGAUGUCCCUGUUUUUAUGUCCCAGGCUCCCUCUGUUUCUCCUCUUCCCUAUGCCAUGCGUCUCCUCUGCCCCAGGCUCUCCCUGCUUCUUCUCAGCCUCAGGCUCUCCCUCCUCCUCAGCCCCAUGCUCUCCCUACUUCUCCAGGCUCCCCCUGCUUUUCACUGUGUAGAUAGACACACUGGUGCAAACACUGACACACAUACAGUUGUACAGAGACACAGAUACAAACAAUUGCACACUCACACAGAUACAGAUGCACACACUGACACAAAUGCAGAUACAGACAUACAUGUAGGUACACAGAUACAAACCCUGAUACACAUGCAUAUACAGACACACAGAUACAAACCCCGAUACACAUGCAAAUGCACAGACACACAUACAGUUGCACAGACACUGAUACACACAUAUACAGAAGUACAGACAAACAGAAACAUGCAGAUAGACUCACACAAUGACACAUAUAGAUAUACAGACACACAUGCAGUUGCAAAGGCACACUGAUGCACACACUGCCACACAUGCAGCUACAGAUACACAUACUGACACAUAUAUAGAUGCACAGACACACAGAUACACACUGCCACACAUACAGAUGCAUAGACACACAAAUACAAACACUGACACAAAUACUGAUGUACAGACAUACAGAUCCACACACUGGCACACAAACAGAUGUACAGAUACAAACACUGAAAUGCAUGUAGUUGCACAUACACAUUGAUACACAUGCAGAUGCACAGACACACUGAUACACAUGCAGAUACACAGAUCCAAAUACUGACAGACAUACAGUUGCACAGACACUGACACCAACACACAUGAGGAUACAUAAAAACAAACACUGACACAUAUAGAUGCAGAAACCGUUACAAACACUGACACACAUUCAGAUACACAGACACACACAAUGACACAUGUAGAUACACAGACACACACAUGCAAACACAGACACACAUACAGUUGCUAAAACACACUGAUACACAUACUGACACAUCCAGAUACACAGAUCCUAACACUGAAACACACACGCAGAUACAGAUACAAACAGUGGCACACAUACAGAUACACAUACCGACACAUACAAAUGUACAGACAUACACAUACACACACAUCCUUACAUGCAGAUACGCAGACACAGAUGCAAACAAUGACACACAUACAGAUGUACAGUCAUACACAAACACAGAUGCCCAUACAGAAACAGAUACACACUGACGCACAUGUAAAUACACCAACUGAUGCACAUACAGAUACACAAACAUUGACUCAUACAGAUACACACUGACACACAUACAGAUACAGAUACACAUACUGACACAUACAUAUGUACAGACACACACUUCCAUACAUGCAAAUACAAACACAGAUGCGGACACUGACAAACAUAUAGUUGCAAACACACAGACGCAAACACUGACACAUACAGUUGCACAGAGACACUGAUACACACACUGACACACAUACAGAUAUACAGACACACAGAUACAAACAAUGACACACAUACAGAUACACACUGACGCACAUAGAGAUACACACACACUGAAACACACGGGCGCACCAAGAGCAUUUGGCACCCGGGGCAAAUGCUGUAUUUGGAACACCCACUUUAAAAUGCAAAAAAACACCCACAAUUUUGUUUUUAACAUGUUCAAGAAUAUAAACCUUAAAACACAAUACCCCUGCCCUCUACUAAAAAAACCUGCACCCCUCCUUCACAAAAGCCCCUGUCCCCCACUUCUACAAAAUCCCUGCUUCUCACUUCUACAAAACACCUGUCCCCCUUCUACAAAUCCUCUGCCCACCCCCCUUCUACAAAACCCCUGUACCCCUUUAGAAAAAAUCUUGCACAGCCCCCUUCUACAAAAACACUAUCCAACCCCCCUAAGUACUAAACCCCUGCCCCAUCUACAAAAGCUCUGCCUCCCUUUAUAAAAACCCAAGCCCCCUUCUACAAAACCUCUGCCCCUAAUACAAAAACCCCAGCACCCCCCUUUUUUACAAAAACCCCAUGCACCCCCUUCUUUACAAAAAACAUGCACCCCUACACAAAAAAAACCCAAUGCACUUCUUCACAAAAAAAAGGGUGUGUGCAUGGGUUUUUUUGUGAAGAAAUGGGUGAAGAAAGGGGGGGUGCGUGUUUUUUUUGUUAAGGGGGGGGGGGGGUGCAUUGGGUUUUUUUGUGAAGAAGGGUGGUGCAUGGGCUUUUUUGGGCUUCUUUACGAAAAAACACCAUGUGUUUUCUUCACAAAAAAACCCAUGCACUCCCUUCUUCACAAAAAAAAAAAAACACACACCCCCUUUCUCCCCAAAAUAAACCAUACACCUCCCCUUCACAAAAAACCCAUAAACCCCCACUUCUACACAAAAAAAAACAUGCACCUCCCCUUCUUCACAAAAACCGUGCCAGUAAUAUCCAUUUUAAAAAGAAACAAAACCCCCCCACAAAAUUAGCAAGCAGACACUCACAGCUUGCUGCUCCCUGCUCAGCAGUCAUUGCUGCUCUGGCUUUAGGGCUCUUCCGCCACAGUGCCACACAUUGCAGCAAAACAGAUCCUUCCGCUACUGUGGGUGGUGGUGGUGGUGGGGGGGGGUGGAGGCGAACAGGUGGAGCACGGUGGCAGCAUGGCAUUACAUGCCGCCAUGCGCCUCCAUGCGCCUUCGCCUCAUAACUAAAUAAUACUGCCUGGUCUACAAGGGUGGGGGGGCGGGGGGUGGAGGAGGACAGGUGGAGCACGGUGGCAGCCUGGCGUUACAUGCCGCCAUGCGCCUCCAUGCGCCUUCGCCUCAUAACUAAAUAAUACUGCCUGGUCUACAAGGGUGUAUGGCAGUAAUGGCACCCCCCUAAUUUGUGGCACCUAGGGCAGACCAUUCCCGCCCCGCCCCACUGUUAGUUCAUCACUACUGACACAUAUACAGAUACACAUACAGAUACAGCAAGGCUUGACAAAUUUGCUUUGAAUCUAGGAGCCAGCUAAAAAGUUAAAAGCCAGAUUUUAACAUACAAUUCUUAAAGGGACACUCUAGUCACCAGAACAACUACAGCUUAAUGUAGUGGUUCUGGUGUCUAUAGCCUGUCCCUUCAGACUUUUCAAUGUAAACACUGCCUUUUCAGAGAAAAGGCAGUGUUUACAUUGCUUCCUAGUGACACCUCUAGUGACUGUCAUUCAGACGGUCCCUACAUUCAGCAUCUCCACACUCUGUAUGGAGGCGCUGAACGUUCCCCAUAGAGAUGCAUUUAUUCAAUGCAUCUCUAUAAGGAGAUGCUGAUUGGUGCAGUGUUUUGCAGCCAAUCCCAUGGCAAAACAUUAAAAUCAAGCUUGAUAAUCUCAGCCCUAGAGGCAGGGCCAGUCCAGGGGAGACCUGCACGGAGUGGAAAAAAAGGUGAGUAAAAACACAAUUCCUUUGUGAACUGAAGUGGCCUGGUCACCUCAACACACACAUCAUGACAGACACACACACACCAUGAGAGACAGACAUAUACACACACCAUAACAGACAGACAUACACACACACACACCAUGACAGACUCACACUAUGACAGACAUACACUCACACUGACAGACAUACACUCACACAUUAUUGCUUGAUUUAGUACCUUGGGUCCAGUGGGCGGCUGGCUGGGGGAUCGUGCAGGCGGGCGGCUGGCUGUGCAUAUUGUUGCUGGCGGGGAGUUGUGAUGUCUCUGCUCUGCUCCCCCGCGCGCCGCUUAAUGAGACUGAGGGCGGCCCUGGUCUUAUUAAGUGGCUUGCAGGGGAGCAGAGGAUGGACAUCACAGCUCCCUCGCUGCCCUCCUUCUAUUCACGCAGCAAGCCGUCUGCCUCCAUAACCACCCAGCAUGCCGCCUGCAUCCAUGACCACUCAGCCUGCCUCCGCCUCCACGACCGCUUAGCAUGCCGCCCGCCUCCAUAAUCCCCCAGCUUGCCGCUGACUGCCCGCCUCGGAGGUAAAGGGUUCGCAUAUUCCAGACGCUGAGGCAAAAUUCCAAAGAAGCCAUGGCGAGCCCUGAGACAGACAGACAGACAGACAGACACACACACACACACACACACACUGACACACAUACAGAUAAACACACUGACACACACAGACUGACAGACAUACAGACACACAUACACUGACAGAUAUACAGAUAAACACACUGAUAGACAUACAGACACACACAGACAUACAAGCUACAAUUCUAGCCACCCUCCAGUUUCUUAGCUUGUAGGUGCUGGAGGGUGGCUGGGGCUGAUAGUCUUGCAGCUCCUCCCUCCGUCUCGCUGCUCCCCCAUGGCAGGUUCUCUCACUCACUUCCUCCCAGCUCUCCAGGCAAGUUAGAACGGGUCGGGUCGCACUAUUAAAGUGCCACAAUGUUUGACCGGGCCUCUUGUGGCACAUGUCCAUUGGGUGGCCUUGAGUGUGGUUCCCACCCCGUGGCCUUGCUUGGUGGUUCCCACCCCGUGCGGCGGCCAGCACCGCCGCCAUUACCGCAUUUUUUUCGCGUACCUCCCUGGUCACUGCAUUGUACCCCUGGGGUUACGCGUACCACGGGUUGGGAACCCCUGCAAAACAAUGAUGUUAGGCCAGGAUGGUUUAUCUACCAUAAUCAGGUAUUCUAUGUUCAAUGUUAUAAGCCCCAUGAUACUAGUACUAGACAUAUCUUUUCUCCUAGAUAAAACAUUUUUGGAUCUUCCCAUCUAUUGGUUGACAAGAUUAUAUGCCAGCCAGUUGUGAAAAUUUUGUAUCUAUCCCUGGUUGAAAACAUACUUUAUCAAUGAGUUAUCAAAAGGAAAUUACAUUUUUAGAAUUAUGAAUUUGCCUAGUAGGUGUUUAUUAGAUCCCUAAUACACACAACUCUGUCUGACCAUUUCCAUCUCAAGGCCUAUAUUUAGACUUUCAUUUUUGCCUGUCAAUUGAUUAUUUUAUCUGAUUUGGGGGGGGAUGGGGGGGGGGAGGAUUUUGAUUAUCCCACUUCAGCUGAAAAGAAGAAAAUAAAAUAUGAAAAUUAUGUUUUUGCCAUAACUACUAAUAAAAGUUGUGUAUCCCUUCCAAAAAUUGUUUUUGUCUUGUGUAGGCCACUCAUUGUAGGAGAAUAUGGCAUUGGUGCCUUAUGAAGAAGGUGGAGCCUUCGGUCUAAAAAGGUUUCAUAGUUCCGACACAACAUACAGCUUUGUCAAUCACUCUAUACAGAUCAAGCAGAACUGGAAAGAGCUGGGAGUUGCAGCAGUAGUUUGGGAUGCGGUAUGUAUAUUCCUACAGACUAAUAUGUAUGGAUAAAACUGUAUAAGCCCCCUUGGAUCUUCAUUCAGAGGUUAUCCUAGCAAGAAUACAGGCUAUGAUUCAACAUUGAUCUAAAGGUAAUUACUAUGAGCCUUAUUUGCAUUUCCUUCCCAGAAUCUCUAGCUGCAAUGGAAACCUGGAUCAAAAGAAGUCUGAUAUCUCCUAGAUGUUCAGCAUUGCUCCUUUGUAUUCCUCAGUGAACCCUUUUGUCCACAACUGCCAGAAUUCAUUGCGACGGAUCUGGGAAUACCAGCAGUUUGGUUUUAAUUGGAAUAUACUGACUAUUAAAACAAAAACACUCCAUACAUUUUUCAGUAAUGCUACAGAAUUUAAUACACUUAAAGGAUCGCUAUAGGGUCAGGAACACAAACAUGUAUUCCUGACCCUAUAGUGUUUAACUCGCCAUUUAGGUUGCUUGCCCCCCUAUAACAGUUUAAAACUCACCUUAUUUCCAGCCCUGUGCGGUUCCGCCGGUGCUUGCCCUGCCCUCUUUGUGACCUCAUCAAAAUGGCCGAAUUCCUAUAGGGAAAGCAUCAGAUUGACUAAAAUCGGCACGGGUCGGGGCCGAAUGCCGUUUUGGCCAAUCAGGCCCUCUUUAUAGAAAUCCAUUGAGUCAGUGCAUCUCUAUGAGGAAAAUUCAGCGUCUCUAUGCAGAGCGUGUGGACGCUGUAUGGCAGGGAUGCCUACUAUGCAGCCCUUAGCCAGGAAGCCCCUCCAGUGGCCAUCUAAGGAGUGGCCACUUGGAGGUGUCCCUAGGGGCAAUGCUGCAAAGGCAGUGUUUACAUGAAAAUGCCUGAAGGGAGCUUUUAUACUCACCAGAACAACUACAUUAAGCUGUAGUUGUUCUGGUGACUAUAGUGUCCCUUUAAAUAAAUUGUACUUCACCUGCAGCCAUUUCAAAACACAAAAUCAACCAUGUUAUUCUGUGUUGUAGCACUAUGACGUUUAAAGAAGCUGAAGAACAUUAUUUAUCUACUAACUUUACAGUUUCCAUUAUACAGUCAGGCAGAAUAUCUUCUUCUGGUAUUUGUUGGAUCAGUCAUUUUUUGACUGCUAGAUGGUUAAUUGUGAUUUAUUCGUUAGGAUAAUUUGUUUCUGCAACUCGAGAGCCUAAUGGUGAAAGCUUUACAGCUUGAUGCUUGGCAUUGCACAUAAUGACCUUAGGCCUAUGUGUGGCUGCUCUGUCAUGGAAACCCAAUUUUAAGCAAACCGUCCCUGCGAAGCUGGUGUGGCAACAUGUUCUAAGCUUGUAUGACCUAUAAGUUGUUGCUCCUACAGCAGCACCUCCAAUUGAAGAAGACAACUUUUCCAAGACAGACUUUUAAUAAAAUCAACUUGUUGGAACAGGACACUCUAUGAAGAUGGCACAUUUAAAGCCAGUUAGCUCGGCAGUAGGAGAUAUUUUUAGAUUGGAUUGGGGUGCACCUCAUUUUAUACACCUAUCACCAACAUAUAGAUGUAACUUGUACAUAGACCCAAGAAGUUCAGCAUUUAAAACCCAUUCCUUUAUGUUGUUGAUCCAAAAGAAGGCAAAUAAACAAAACCCAAUUGUAGCAACUUACAAUUUACCACAAAAAAGGGUGGGAACCUACUUGACUCCAUAAUGGCAAUCAGAUUUCUCCCGGCAUCAACAAUCUCUUCACGUACAUCUAAAUUAUAUCAUUAUAUAUUCUGUUUUGCAUCCAGACAUUUUUUUAAAGUGAUCUAUAGAAUCUUAUAAGCCUCUUUAUUAUUCGUACUGUUAAAAAAAAAAAAACAACAAAACACCACCACCUCUUUCCUGCAGGAGUGUGUGUACCUGAGUGUGUGUGUGUGUGUGUGCGUAUUUGCCAGUGUGUGUAUCUGUGUGUCAGUGUUUGUAUCCGAGUGUAUGUGUAUGUGCCAGUGGGUGUAUCUGGGUGUGUAUAUGUGUGUUAUGGUGUGUGUUAUGGUGUGUGUAUCGGUGUGCCAGUGUGUGUGUGUGUGUAUCUGUGUUAAUGUGUAUGUUUUAUCUGUGUAGGUAUGUAUGUAUGUAUGUGGCAGUAGAUGUGCAUACAUUCCAGCAAACACCAACACAACACGCAAACAGUACAUACAAAAUCACCCCUGAAUUCAAAAUCCAAAAUUAUAUACAAGCACUCAUAUACACCCUUCACUCAAGGACAAAUACUACACAUAAAUGUACAUCCGCAUUGAAAAGCCAACACUACAUCUAAACACACCACUGCACGCAAAGCCAACACACACAUCUGUAUUACAACACUAAUAUAUAUAUAUAUAUAUAUAUAUAUAUAUACACACACCCAGAAACUAAAUUUGCCAAAAAAAGAAAACAUUACACAUUUUUUGGGGCUCCACAAUGUUGGUACACUAUGUCGAUACACUUUGUCAAAGGGUUCCACUGGAAAAAACAAUUGGGAACCCCUGUAUACCUCUACUGUAUGUCAUUUGCAUGUAUCUAAAGGCUUCAGCUGAAAAUUUGCUAUAUGAACCCCAUUUGGCUACUCAAAAACAAGGCAUAUUUGGCUUUUUCAGCAAUACUGACCCUUUUUUUGUCCAACACUCCAUUAGUUGUUAAAUUUAGCUAAAUCUAUAUUGGUUAAUUGAGCUGUUUACAAAUUGCCUAAAUAAAAAAAAUUAUUUAAGUUGUUUUGAUCAAGUUCCCCAACACAGACAAUGAGACUUGCAUCUAUAAACCUAAGCCCUGAAAACCAUAAGUCAUCUAAUGUCAUUGCUGCCUUAGUCAUAGUUUUACCUAAUUGGGAUCUCACGUCUCCCACUUGUAGCAGGGAAGUUCAUCUGCUAUAUUCAAAUAUAUUUCACUUUUGCAAUGAGAACCAUUUCAAACUAGCAGGGAACAAUUUGUACAAAUGCUGUUCCAAUUCAAUUCUUAACUAAUAAAGUGAACCUUAGAGAGUUUUAUCUGCGGAUUUGGAUCAAAUGAAAGUGAACGAAUUUGCUAAAUCCAGUUCCAUGUUUAAAUAAAGAUGACAUUACAGUGGCCUAAUCACUAAAGACUGUUGGUUACUAAUAAAACAAAGUGUUAACAUUGGACGCAACCUCCCCUUCCAUUCUUUAAGGUUUGCAAAGAAAAUCUAUCUGCCAAACAGAAAUGCUACAUUUAAUUAUCUACUAUUUGGCACGCAAAUAAUCCUACUUGUUGGUAUUAAACCGGCAUUUCUUCAGAGCAUGCUUAAUUGUAACCUUUGCAAUCAUUCCCACAGUAAACUUUAUCUUAAUUAGAGGCUGAGGAGAUAUUUGGAAGACAGUUCUGGGGAUCUAUAACAAUAUAACUGCUUUACGUUGUUCCAUCUUUGUGUUAUUGAUUUGAUGCGUAAAGCAUGCAAUAUUGUGUAUAAAAGUGGACUUCUUAAAUAAAAAACAUUAGGCGCAUAGGCUUUCUUUUGAUCUUAUUCAUGUCUCUUAAAGGGACACUAUAGUCACCUAAUCAACUUUAGCUUAAUUAAGCAGUUUCUGUGUAUAGAUCAUGUCUCUGAACUUUCACUUCUCAAUUCUCUGCCAUUUAGGAGUUAAAUCACUUUGUUUCUGCCCAUGCAGCCAUCGCCACACCUCCCCUAGCUGUGACUGACACAGCCUGCAUGGAAAAAAAAUUGUUUCCUUUUCAAUCAGAUUUAACUUACUUUAAUUUUUUUAUCUCCUGCUCUGUAGAUUGAACUUUAAUUACAUACAAGAGGCUCCUGCAGGGUCUAGCAAGCAAUUAACAGAGCAGGAGAUAAGAGAUUAUAAAUUAAACAGAAUUUUAAAUGAAGGAAGUGUAAACAUUAGAUGAUUCUUUACAUGUAAUGUUUAGGAAGGCUGUGUAAGUCACAUGCAGGGAGGUGUGACUAUUGCUGCAUAAACAAAGUAACUCCUAAAUGGCCGAGAAUUGAGCAAUGAGACUGCAGGGGCAUGAUCUAUAUGCCAAAACUGCUUCAUCAAGCUAAAGUUGUAUUGGUGACUAUAAUAAUUGGGGAAGAAACCUACCACUACGACCACUCAAAACUCUGACGCUGGAUGUCUUCAUGCAGAGCGUGAGGACGGCCAGUGUCAGAUGCUGGACCAAAGGUCCAUUUGGAUGCAGGAAGCACCUCCACUGUCUGUCUGGGAGACAGCCACUGGAGGUAGACUUAGUGCUGCAAUGUAAACAUUGCACUUUCUAUGGAACUGCAAUGUUUAACUAUGCAGCACAAAGUGCAACAGGGACACUGCACCCAGACUACUUCAGUUAGCUUAAGUAGUUUGGGUGCCUAUUGUGUCCUUUUAAAAUAAGCAGUGUGAAUCUGUCAUGUUCUUAAAUUGUCUCUUUCUAUUAAUUUCCUCUUAUAUGGCUCCUAGAUGUUGAAUGUAUAUGACUUCACUUUUAAAUUAGUGUCAUUUUUAUACUUGUUCACCUAUCUGUAUAUAACCAACACAAAUAAAAAAUAUAUUACAGGCAAAACACCUAUUUUAAUCAUCUCUUAUGUAAAACUAGUUUAUAUUUUUUUUAGAUUUAGAUGUGCAUGCACACAAAUAUCAAAAUGUUAAAUAGGAGGAAAAUUAUAUGGCGUCAAGUUUUUACAGUUUUAUAUAUUUUUUUUGUUUCUUCGUUGUGAUAUUUUUUAUCCCUUUGUUGCUUCUGUAGGCAGUUGUUCUGUGUAUGUUUUUGGAAGCCGGAUCCAUCAAUCUGAAGGGAUCCUCUGUUAUUGAACUGGGCGCAGGGACUGGUUUGGUGGGCAUUGUGGCUGCAUUGCUAGGUAAGUUUAAAUGGAGGAACAAACAUGUAAAGGGUAUUGAGAUAACGGAAAUAUAUAUAUAUAUAUAUAUAUAUAUAUAUAUAUAUAUAUAAAUUUCCAUGUCCUAUAUUAAAAAUUUAAAAAAAAACUCAUAAAAGUGAUACUGAUAUGAGAGAGGAAGUAUGGGCAUCCAAUUUGACCUAUUUACUAAAUCCAGCCAACAAGAAGUGAGGUUGGUAAUAAAUAAUAUGAUCCAAAUAAUUGCCUUAUAAUGUAUUCAAUAAAAAUGCUGACAGGAUUCUUGUAUUUGAUAUACCUAACAGUGGAAGGUGGAAGCUCUGUUGUAUCCACCUCCGGUAAGCGCUUGCCCCUUUCUGCGGUAUUCACUGAUUUGCCCUGUUUGGGGAAGCAUCUUCAAGUAGGGCAAACAUCCCCUAUGACGCUGAUUCACUGGCCAGUUGCCAGUAUGAUGGCAUCAAACGGAGUGACGUUAGUCAAUUAAUUUUUCUAGAGUUUAUGAGCUGGGGUUGCUACGGGUGGAAUAAAAGAGGUCUUUUUUGCUCUCCCUGUCAAUCAGUUCUUUGCAUUGAGUCUAGUUUGAAGAAUUGAUUGACAGGUGGGAGAAAAAAAACUAAUUUAAAUAGGCCUUCUCCCAAUCUAUACAUUUGUUAACACAAUGUAUAACUGAAAUUGUAUGUAUAUAUGAAAUUGUUUGCUCUUUUAAAAGAGCAAACAUUGUUUUCACUAUAACAGUUGCCAUUUAAGGUCAGAGUAGCCAAUAUGGAAGCAUAGCACUCACUUUGAAUUCACAAUUUAGUGAAUAACCAUGUUAGAUUUGUAUAAUACGGAGUUGUACUGCUUCCACCAGGAGUUAAAAACACCACAAUUUCUGGUAUGUAAAACAAAGAACUUUGUCCUAUGGCAAAUUCAAAGGAGCUUCCUCUGCCAACCCUUGCUUUCCCAGCAUCUGUCACGAAUGAUGGCUUUGGGCAGAAGGAAUGGUCUCUUGUGAUGCAUGAUAAGUUUUUGGGAGCAUCCUAUGGUCUUGAAGGACCUUCUAUUGGCAUUGUUCUUACACUUUUGGGUAUGUGCAUCUGAAGACCGAUUUACGCAUUAAUAAGCUAUUAAAACAAAAUAAAGUGUGGUUGAAGUUUUUUAGUUUGUAAGUGUGGUGAAACUAUAUUGUAAACAAUAUUUUGUAUUGUAUACAAAAAGUUGUUUGUUUGAUUUUAGGUGCCAAUGUUACAAUUACAGACCGGGAGGUGGCAAUGGAUUUUCUCAAGUCAAAUGUUAACGAGAACCUUACUCCGGGCCUACAGGAUAAAGUGUUUAUUAAGCCCCUGACAUGGGGCAGAGCAUUGGAAGACUUCCCAACAUUUGAUGUGAUAGUAGGAGCUGAUAUAAUUUAUCUAGAAGAAACAUUCCCAGAUCUUUUACAAACAAUUCUCCAUCUCAGUUCAGAGGAUUCCUUGGUUCUGCUGUCAUGCCGUCUCCGGUACAAGAGAGACCAGAACUUUUUGGACAUGAUGAAACUUCAAUUUACUGUAACAGAGGUCCAUUAUGAUAGUAAUACUGAUGUUCAUAUAUUCAAAGCUCACAAGAAGAUUCAAAGGAAAGAACUUUAAGCUCACAAAAUUAUGAAACUCAUUCCUGAUUAUUUUCGGAAAGCAUGUGUAAUAAUAUGUGAUGCAAGUUAAUAUAAAUUUUACAUUUAUUGUAAUAACAUGUAUUUUAUUGCGCCUGGUGACAUCCAUAGCUUAUCAGAACCUAUGGGUAAUUUUCAGACCUGACAAAAGGAACAUCAUACUACCUGCUAGUUCCACUGAGGUUUGCCUUGCUAUUGUAUGUAAAACAGACAAAACUUAAGUGCUUUUAAUACUGGGGAGAUAAAGAACCACCACCAUCACACUGGAACAAUAUUAGAAAUAUACAUCCAUAAAAUCAUAUAUUCAACCACAAGGAAGUGAAGCACUCAUCGGACUUUUACAAAUGUUCCUCACACUUAAAGAGACCCUAUAGUCACAAGACCCACUACAGCUUAAUGUAAAGGGUUCACUAGAGCUGCUUCCUAGUUCAGUUGCAUUCAGCCUCUCCACGCUUUGCACUGAGAUGUUUUUUCUCUAUGAGGAGAUGCUGAUUGGCACAGCGUGGCAUUAUGCCUUCCUACUGGAAAGCAUUUGAUUGGCUAAAAUCAUCAAGAUUGAUCCAUGGAUGCUUGGCCAGCAAAAAAGAUAAAUAUAAAGGCAAUUUGGUAGUAUAAUCAUUAAGAUACAGUGGGCAUAAGGAAAGAUUAAUCAAAAUGAAAAAACAAACAUGGCAGGGUCACUUUAGGCAACAUACCUUUUCAGUUGCGAACAUAUUUUACCCACAAUGCCCCAGUCAAGAAUCCCACAGAAGGGCAAACUGCAAACAUCAUGGACAGAACAAAAUGGAAGUAUCGGGGUAUUUAUAUCUGCAAUACAAGAUAAUAAACAGAAAUAAAAGAAAGGGGGUUGUAUAAUCAAGUGGAAGAAAAAAAAUGUGUUUUUUGAGUGAACAAACUGUGUUUUUUGAGUAAAAACACCAGGACUCUGCUCAAACACAAAAUGGGAUUAUGAAUAAAACCUAGCAAUAUGUUUCUUCUGUUGAGUGAAAUUUCAAAGGUUUCUGUAUCAAAUGUAAACCUCCACCUUUUGUAAUUAAAAAAAAUAAAAUAAUUAUUCUUGGCCAGGCAUUGUUGGUUUACAAAAGCAGGGAACUUAUUUUCCGUAGCUAAACAAUAUAGCAUAAAGCAUAUCUGGAAAACAGGAUAUUACACAAAGCUACUUAAAGGAAUACUAUAGUGCUAGGAGUACAAACCUGUAUUUCUAGCACUAUAGUGCCCUCUGCCACCCACCCACUGUAAGGGUUAAAAAUCCUUAUUGUGCUCAUCCGAUUCCAGCGUCAAUCUACCUCGGCGCUGGGACAGCACUCUACCUCCUUCGGCGUCACCCAAUGGGGGGAGGAGCUAAUGCACAUGCGUUGCAAGCACAUCAGGCCCUCCCCAUGGGAAUGGAUUUAAAGUUGCGUUGCAAGCAGGAAGUUCCUCUAUUAGCUGUCUGAUUGACUAGAGUCAGUCUUAACCCUGCAAUGUUAUUUCUGAAAAACUGCAAUAAUUAACAUUGCAGGAUUAAGGGGACAGGUACUUUGACCCGGACCACUUCAAUGAGCUGAAGUGGUUUGGGUGUCAGUAGUGUACCUUUAACAUCUCAAAUUAUAAAAAGGGGAAGCUAGUUAAGCGAGUGUUGGACCACCGCAGCAGUGGAACAUGCCAGCUAAAGCAACCACUAACCAUUUUGAUGGUGAGCAAGUGAGGGGAAAUGGAGUCCGAAGAAUAAGACUUUUAAUACCUACCAGAGGUAAAUCCCAUAGAGGGGCAAUCGGCUUGAUUGAUGGGUUUCUUUACAACUUACCCCACAUUUUCGUAAUAAAUGCAUAAAAGUAUACGUAAAUAA